UACUGCACCUGUCUUGCUGUUGUUGUUGUUUGGAUUUUACAUUUUGCAGUGUUGUCAUCAUUUGGGCUUUUUAAUCAUGCCCAUACGAACGGUGUUUGAGCAUGCAAGGAAGCAUCCCGGGCUGAUCCCCCAGUUCUGCUUCGUCUUCGUGGGUAUGGUGGGUGCGGGAGGAUACCUCCUCCGGCUGGCCAUGGGGCCACACGUCAUCUGGAACAGGAAGAGCAACCCGGAGCCCUGGAACAAGCUGGACCCCACCUAUCAGUACAAGUUUGUGGCUGUCAACACUGACUACAAGAGUCUGAAGAAGGAAGGGCCUGACUUUUAAAGGUCCUCGAGGGCGGCCCGAUGCUCCCGCGGCACUGGCACUGGCGCCACACCACGGCACGGACCCUGGCUGCCACUGUCCCCUGUCCCCAUCUCCUCCGUCACCAUGGCGACAGAGGCCAGCCGCUAGCCUCAUCACCGCUCCCCACUGAUCCUGUCACCCAAACGCCUUUGAGGGCCACCACCGAAAGAAGAAAAAAAAAGGAAUAAAAAAAAAGGAAAAGAAAAAAAAGGAAAAAUAAAAACACGAAACAAAAUACAGCGUUUAUAUG